AUGAUGAUGGUGGAAAUGUUAUACCAGCGUUACUUCCUACGCAUGAACCAGACGAACAUGACACACCUGCUCGGCUUGCUGCUGGCUGUGUCGGUGGGCCUCAUGAUCGUGCAGAUACGCACGCUGCUCAUCGCACAGAACUUCCUCACCAACUUCGAGCCGAUAGUCAACGACACGUUCGUCGAUCGAUUCGAAGAAUUCCCACAUCUGACGUCUUAUUACAUAAACGGUACGCAACCGCGGUACUACGAGGACGCCGCCGCCAUGCAGAUGCGUCGCCUCUUCUACGAGAAGGAGCGCGUCGCGCACAUCGUCAACAUCAUCAUCCUCGGAAUUACUGGCUUGGUGUACGCCUGCCUGCUGGCGUGCCUGAGCCGCCCGGCUAUGAACGAGAUCUAUCUCCUCACCAUCUCCUACGUGGUGCUCGUCACCUUCCUGCUCAUCGAGCUGGCCCUAGCUGGCACCUCGGUGUUGCGAUCCCUGAGCAUCAGCGCGGGAGCCUGCGCCCUGUUCACGUACGCGACGUACGCGACGCUGCCGGUGCGCCUGCACGAGGCGACCGUCGGCGGCGUCGCGCUCGGCGCCGUCAACAUCGGCGCGCACCUCGUGCUCGACAAGACCACCGAUGUCGUACAAAUCUACUGCACCAUGGCUGCUCUGCUGGUGUGCAACAUCGCUGGCAUCAUGACCCACCACCCGCGCGAGCUGGCGCAGCGCCGCGCCUUCCUGGAGACGCGCGACUGCGUCGAGGCUCGCCUCGUCACCCAGCGCGAGAACCAGCAGCAGGAGCGCCUCCUGCUGUCGGUGCUGCCACGCCACGUGGCGAUGGAGAUGAAGGCCGACAUUGCCAACCAGCCGCGCCAGGAGCAGUUCCACAAGAUCUACAUCCAACGCUAUGAGAAUGUCAGCAUCCUGUUCGCGGACAUCUGCGGCUUCACCUCCCUGUCGGACCAGUGCACCGCUGAGGAGCUCGUGCGCCUGCUCAACGAGCUCUUUGCCAGGUCAGUGCCUGUCAAGUACACUCGCAUAGUAACCGCACACCGCGUAGAAAAGAAAUGUACGGCGGGACAGGACAAAAAUGGUAGACGGCCCGCCAGCUGCGAGCGUCGGCCCGAGGCCAUGCGACGGAGCGCCAACGUUAAAGAAAAAGAAUAG